GCGGCACUGUACAAAGGAGUUGUUAAUAAUUCCGGUUUAUUUAAAUUUCUUAGCAAAUAUCAAAGAAAUUGACUUAAAUUACUAAAGUUAUGAUACGUUAAUAAAAUGGAGUCUGAACAGAGAACCUCGGCUUUACAGCAGCGCCUGCAGGCUAGACGGGAAAUGUUUAUGAAAGAAACCGGUUCUAUUAAUAAUAUAAACAAUACUGGAAACGCCCAACCCAUAUAUGGGUCCAAAGUGAACACACCCUCUACUGCCCCGCCCCAGCCUCCAACGAAUGCCCCAAGAGCAACCAAAGAUUCUUCAAUUUACGGAAAUAAGGAUAAUCCCUAUGGAUCAAGUAACGGAACUAAACCAAGUCUAAAACCUGAAGUUGCCCCGAAACCCCGAGAUGUAUCUCCAAAACCAGAGGUUGUAAAGAAACCGCCGCGACAACUUGACGGCUACGUGGGUUUUGCUAACUUACCAAAUCAGGUUCAUCGAAAGUCUGUUAAGAAAGGGUUUGAAUUUACUCUGCUUGUAGCUGGGGAGUCAGGACUUGGGAAAUCUACUCUUAUCAACUCAAUGUUUCUUACAGAUAUAUACUCUGAUAUAUACCCUGGACCUACGAAACGUGCCAAACAAACUGUACAAGUUGAGACCAGUCAAGUUCUACUCCAGGAGAGCGGUGUAAACCUACUCCUAACUGUUGUGGAUACUCCAGGCUUCGGAGAUGCGAUAGAUAAUUCGAACUGUUGGGAUCCUGUCUUAUCAUACGUUGAGUCUCAGUAUGAAGAGUUUCUAGAAGCAGAGACUAAGGUGCAGAGGAAUCCAAAUAUGCCGGAUACUAGAGUACAUGCUUGUCUUUACUUUAUACCCCCCUCAGGACACGGUUUAAGACCCCUGGACAUUGAAUUCAUGCGUCAACUUCAUGAUAAAGUCAAUAUUAUACCAGUCAUUGCCAAAGCUGAUACCCUGGUGGAGGAAGAGAUAGCAUUCUUUAAAUCCAAAAUAAUGCAGCAGAUUCACGCAGCUAAAAUCAAGAUUUACGAAUUCCCUGAGGUGGAGGAGGGAGAGGAAAAUGAUAAGAAAGAGAACAGGAAAAUGAAGGAUCGAGUUCCAUUUGCUGUAGUUGGAUCUAAUACAAUUAUUGACGGGGGAGAUGGAAAGAUGGUGCGAGGAAGACGAUAUCCCUGGGGAACAGUGGACAUUGAAAACUUGAACCACUGUGAUUUCGUACCUCUCAGGAAUAUGUUGAUAAGAUCCCACCUGCAGGACUUGAAGGAGAUGACCAACAUGGUUCACUACGAGAACUUCAGAUGCAGGAAACUAGCAGGUAUAGUUGAACCCAAUAAUGAGAGAGUUCCCAACAAAAAUCCUCUGCUCAUGAUCGAAGAAGAACAGAAGGAGCAGUCCGCCAAGCUUUCAAAGAUGGAAAGAGAAAUGGAAGAGGUAUUUGGAAACUGCUUCAAAACAAACAUUUUCAAGACAUUUGAUAAAAUAAACAAUUUCUUUCUGCUGGAUAAUGAGGGGGAUCUAGAGAGACGACAAACUGUAGCUGCUACCAGAUUGGAUCAGCAGAAACAGGAGUUGGAGGAGAAGAAAGCAGCAUUCGAACAGGAGCGUCAAGCAUGGGAGCAGAUGAAUAACAUCACUAUGGAUGAUUUGAAGCGUAUGAGUCUAGAAUCCCUGGAUGGAAAAAAGAAAAAAGGAGGUUUAUCCGGGGUUUCCUUUAGGAUGGGGAAAUGACACUAGUAGACCAGUCAUGUACUCCCUAGAUACAUAGAGACAAAGAACCUAACCUUUUUUAACAAUGUCAACUAUCUAUUUGUGUAUCUAUCUUAUGGUGUUUUUAUUGUACAAUGCUGGUGACAAUAGAUGUAAAGUUAAGACAUAUCUUGCUUCUCAGAAGAAGUGUACACUCGGACAGUACAUACAAUGUACUCCAUGAACUCAUCGUACCUUCAUAUUUCAAUACAUACACUGUAAGAAAUAGUUUGAAUCCAGUUUUGUGUGAAUGUGAGCUUAAUAUGUAAAUUUGUUAACGCUAUAUUAGAACUUCUUUACUCCCUUCCAAUUUGUAAUGUACAACCACUGAAUAUGCAAGUAAUACCCCCUAGCGGGGCUAAAGGUUUUGAUAAUGUGUUUUAUAAUUAAGAAUUUACUACUGUAUUAUGUGUUAAAGUAUAUUGAAAACCCUA